AUGUUAAUAGUAGAGAAAAUUACCGAUUUAACUCCAGUUAAAUUUUUAAAUGUGGAAGGACAAAUUCCUGAGAACAUUAAUUUAGCAGAUGAUACUUUUUAUGUUCCAGGUCCCAUUGACUGUUUAUUGGGUGCUGAAAUUUUCUAUGAAUUAUUAUGUAGCGGACAAAUAUAUUCUGAAAAUUCUAAUCUUAUUUUCCAAAAUACAGUGUUUGGGUUUGUGGCUUCAGGUAGUAGUAAUUGUGUAAAUAGUGAGUUAAAAGUACAUUGUGGAUUAAUUAAAGAAGGAGAUUUAAAUGAUACCUUAAGAAAAUUUUGGGAAUUAGAAAAUAUUGAUUUAGAGCGAACCAAAAAUAAAGAGGCAGUUUUGUGUGAGGAACAUUUCGUGAAAACGCAUUCAAGAGAUGUUGAAGGCCGGUACAUAGUUAAAAUGCCCCUUAAAGAUGAUCCGAAAUGCUUAGGUGAAUCAAGGGACAUAGCUCUCAAACGAUUGGAUGUACUGUGGAUUAGGUUAGAGAGAGAUCCUCAAUACCUAAAGUUAUAUAAAGAUUUCCUACACGAAUAUGAACAUUUAGGACACAUGAAAGAAAUAAUCACUGAGGAGGAUAAUUCAGAGAUAAGUUAUUAUAUACCACACCGUGGCGUAAAUCGGCCUCAAAAAAGUACCACUAAAUUGAGAGUGGUCUUUAAUGCGUCGAAUCCGACAAGUAAUGGAUUGUCACUCAAUGCGUUGCAAUACAAUGGAGGACUUGUGCAAGAUGACUUAUUUGCAAUCAUGCUAAAAUUCAGAGAACAUCCUUAUGCCUUUACGGCCGAUGUGAAAAUGAUGUAUCGUAUGAUACUCAUGCACGAGAGCCAGCAACCAUUGCUCAGAAUUUUAUGGAAAGAAAAUCGUGAUGAUCCAGUAAAAACGUUUGAGCUUAAAACAGUGACUUAUGGGACAGUGAGUGCUCCCUUUUUACCAACAAGAGUCCUGUUGCAACUGUCUAAAGAUAAAGAGAAGAGCUUUCCCUUAGCAGCACCAAUUCUUAGACAGAACUUCUACAUGGAUGACGUUCUUUGCGGGGCAUUUUCUUUAGAGGAAGCUAAGGAACUGAAGAGUCAACUUUCUGGUAUAUUGGCGAAAGGAGGAAUGCAGCUUCACAAGUGGUCCAGCAGCCACUUAGAAUUGGCUUCAAAUAUCGAUGGAGGAUAUGACUUUGAAAAUCUCAUCGAGACAAAGACGUUAGGAGUUUCCUGGAAGUCACUAGAGGACUGUUUUGUUUUCAGAGUUGCUGUCGAUUUAAAGAAUUCUUACAACAGGAGAUGUGUUCUUUGA